UUAAGCGACACAGCGUUGCGAGGAAUAUCUAGAUAUCUAGGUAAUUUCUCGACUGUCGACAUCUGGUAUCUUCGUGGGACGCCAAACGUGCCAAACUUACUAAUGCCGCCCUUAGGGCACCUCUCUGGCCUCUCCUGAACAGCCACCUAUUUGACUAUGGCUUAACCUUUGCCCUCUUAUAUCAUCAUUCAUCGUAAAUAAAUACAUUCUUAUCACCCAUCUAACAUUUUCUAAUGUUUCUUUAUGCCAGGCUGUUUUUCUGAAUCAUCAGCAUGUUUUUUUCAAUAAUCUGAUCAUCCUGAAUUAUUUACAGGUAAAGGGCCUUUGUGAUGCCUCAAAUUCAUCUUAUUUAACUGCUGUUAUCAUACAGUGAUGCCCAGUAGGGGAUAGACAAGAUGCCAGAAGGACCACCACUGAGAGUUGUAGCACUAGCCAUCUAAUGAUGGAAGAGAAUGACGGCAGCUCACCGGAUGGUGCCAUUGGAGCCUUUCUGGACAGCUGCUACAAGGGCGAUCAGGCAGCCAUAGCAUCUCUGCUGGAGAAAGGAGUGGAUGUGAAUGGCUCGGACGCCGUCUACACCACUCCACUUCAGGUGGCCGCCGCCUCCGGUCACGAGACCCUGGUACAGCUACUGAUGGCGCGCGGUGCACAGCUGGAGGCGGCCAACCUGUACGGAUGGACGCCACUAAUGCACGCGGCUCGCCACGGCCACGCGGGGGUGGUGCGGCUACUACUGCAGCGGGGAGCCGACGGCCGCAGAUGUAACCGGCUUGGAGCCUCCCCGCUGCUGCUGGCUGCCGUCAGCGGUCACCUGUCCACGGUGUCUGCACUGCUGGAGGCAGGCGCUGCCGAUGCACCACCGGCGAGUCCAAACCCACAGCCGCGCACGGAUAGGGGCGCACAGCCCGGCAAGGAGAGAGUGGCGGCACAACCUGGCAAAGGAAGAGCGGUCGCACAGCCCGGCAAAGAGAAAGCUAUAAAACAGCACAGCAAGGAAAGGGUUACAGCUCAGCUUAGCACGGAGAAAAUCCCCGCACAGCCCAUCAAAGAGAGAGCAAUGACACAGCCUGGCAAAGGGAGGGCUACCGCGCAGAUAAGCAAAGAGAGAGCGACCGCACAGGUCGGCAAGGAUAGAGCGACUGCACAGCCCAGCAAGGAAAGAGCAGUCGCACAGCCUGGCAAGGAGAGGCCCGCCGCUGAGAAACCGGCGUGGACCCCUCGCCGAUGUCCGACCGCGUCUCUGGCGGCCACAUCUGCGGCCACACUGGCGGCGGCGGCUCACGGUAACAACUCUGUGCUGCGGCUGCUUCUGGACCGCGGCGCCGCGCUGGACGUUCAGCUUCCUGAGCUCGGCCUCAAUGCUCUGAUGCUGGCGGCGGUGGGCGGUCACCGGUCCACCUGCCGGAUCCUACUGGAGGCCGGCGCCGACCCUAACGCGCACAAUACGCUCGGUAUGACGGCUCUGGACAUGGCCCGGGUGGCCGGUCAUCGGCAGGUGGUGCGAGUGCUGGAGGAUAGCACCGAGGAGGCCGAGGACACGGGAGACAGUACCGAUCUGCACGAGGCGGUGCGCCGGCGGGACCUCACCCUAGCCACCCAGCUGCUUUCUGCGGACCCCGGCGCCGCCAACCGCGUCCGUUCCGAGUCUGGCGCUCCGCUGACACUGGCUGCGCUGGCCGGAGACACACCGAUGGCGGCUCUGCUGCUGCGGCACGGCGCGGUUGUAGAUCAGCCGGAGCCGACCACCGGGUGGACGCCGCUCAUGCACGCCGUGUUCCAUAAUCACCCGGAGAUGGUGAAGCUGCUGCUGUCCUCCGGAGCGGAUGCCAACGUGCGCGACCACAAGGGCUGCACGGCCUUCGACCUGGCCUCGCUGGUCGACAGCAGUCCCGACAUGAUUCGUCUUUUGGCCGCCUGUACGUACAAGUUCACCCCUCCGGUGCCCCCUGCCGGCCUGGCGGGCGGGCCGGCGCCGCUGGCCUGGCAGAGUCGUGCCGUCAGCACGCCCAGCCUACAGGACCGUGGUCUGAAGGCCUGGUGGAGCCGCUUCUCGUCUAGGUUUCAGAACGUGCGCGCCCGCGUGGAGCCGGUGGUGAUGACGGGAGCUCGGCCCCUACCAGAGGAGACCGGGGUGCCGCAGGACGCUGACCGGUCCCGUCCCCGACUCACACUGGACGGGGUACUGCCGGCCGCCAAACGGCUCAAGGCCAGGACGCCGCAGGGUUUUCCGGCGCGCAGUCUGCCGUCUGACACGCUGCGUCCGGUGCUGCCGCCGUUCUGCGCCGACCGCAGCGCGCUGGAUCGGUGUCGACUGCCGCCGGCUCUCUGCGAGGGACCCGCCGACUGCGACAAUGGCCCAGACUCGGCCGCCGUGCCCGCGGCCAGUGCCGGCUCUGGCCCGGCUCCCGGCGGAGGCCACCUCAACACCUAUCGUCUGCUCAGCUACCUCCGGUCACCCAACUCGUCACCGUCCAACUCUCUCGGUCAGCGACGGCUGCUCUCGCCCGGACCGCACUCCUCCGGCGAUUCUGGUUUCGAAACAUCUGGGAAGUCUUCCAUUGACCACCCUUCGUACUUGAGGAAGGCUGCCAAAGGCUCACCAGCAAAACGGGGCUCGUUGAAGCAGAAACCGAGUCUCCGUAAAAAACCCACCACUACGGCCGCUGACCCGCCGUCCGCCGCCGAGCCGGCCACCUCCGACGGUCAGGCGGUGGGUAAGCUGACCUACCUGCUACGGUCACUGGGUCUGGCGCGGUACGGCUCAGCAUUCGCUGCGGAAGAGAUCGACUUUGAGGCGUUCCUGGAUCUCACAGACGACGAUCUUGUGGAGCUGAAUGUGAGUCGCCGAGACCGUCAGAAGCUGGCUGUUGUGAUUCAGGAGCUGCGGCAAAAACUGCGCGUGUAGAGGCGCGUACCUGAAACUGUCGCGCCUGGAAACGGGCCUCACCGGCGCACAUAGCCGCCAGUCGGCGUCAGAGGCUGCUGUUUCAGAAGUGGUGCCUCGAAGUUGGGUGAUCUCACAAGUUUGCCUACCCCAUGGGUUUAUUGGUAAGUGAUCUCAAAAGUUUGUGAUAGAAUAGGGAAACUGGUGUGCAAUUGUUGAGGAAUAACUCUUGAGCGGUUCUUUGCGAUAUUAUUGAUCUGGUGCCCCGCCCUGCAGUGGUUUGAUCCUCGUUAAAGAGAGAUCCCGUUGAGUGAAGGAAGACACAAGCUAAGUGUUCCACAUCCACAGUUUUCGUGGCUGCGUGCUGUUUCAUGGUUGUCAAGCUCAGGCGAGGUCGUGGUAGAAAUACUUGUGUUGUUUCUGAUCUCAGCAGGCUCUCAAGGUUUGCAGUAAAUAUCCUGCAAACUUUCGGUAAGAGUGCACUGCACAUUUACACACUGUUGCCGUAUUGCUUGCACCAACAUGGAGCUCGGAUAGACCAAGUCUAGACCAAAGCUAGUCCAGUUAGACCAAGGCUGGCUCUUCCCCAUUGGGCCUUAAUUGAGGCCUUAAUUGGCUACUGAAUUGAGCUGCUGAGAGCGGUAUUUUUUGUGAGAGCCGCCUUACGCCCGUGCUCUGGUGGAACCAGCGGCCACUUCAAGCCCCAGUCGCAGUCUAGAAUAGUCAGCAGGCUAGAAUUUAGGCACUCGCGUUCUUGUUGCCAGGGUUUUCUAUGCUAGUCGUGAGGAAUUUCAAGUUGCAUUAGCGUGAUCACGGUGGACCUAUAGUCGCCAGUCAGUGGUUGCCUUCUUCUCACGGUUGCGUCAUGUUAGUUCUUUGGAAAAUGGGCAUACAUUUAUCUUUUGUUAUCAUUCUCAUUGUUAUAUUUACUUUUUCAUGAUAAAGGUGCCGCCAAAUGGUCGCUGUCAUGUCAUUGCAUUCAUUCAUAAUCCCGUGUCAGGGCAUUGUAGUCAUAUAGCAAUCCAUCGCGGUUAAGUUCAAAAACUAAACAGAUCAAGUACAAAAUCCCCAUCGAUAUGGCUCCACCGAUAACAGUUCCAUUUGAGCUCAAGCCAGUAUCGUUGACUCCAACCAGCUUGCCUCUCGAAGGCGUACCCGUGAUGACAGCUCGUUCGCUCAUUAAUUAACCGCACCCUGAGCUGCGUUUGCUGCGUAAUAAGAACGGUGCCUUAUCUCGUGCCUGGUUAGAUUACCUGCUCAGAGUGGUUUGAAGAUGUAUCGUUAAUAUCUGCCGGAUCCUGUUAUUGAUUUUGUAAAUACCGGCAUUACAAUGUGCAAACAGUAUUAUUGCCUAUUAAAUGGUAUGUUAGAGGAUUUCAGGUGAAUUUAUUUUAUGAAUAUAUAAUCGGGGUUGUUAUAUGGGGCGGGUCAUAUAGUGUUUUCAGCCAGGGCUGAGUAGUGGUUAGUGAAGUGAAUAUUUGAAGCGUAUUGCCUAUUUAUUGGUGUGUAAAUGUACUUUUGCGACGUUUAGAGACAACAUUGGCUGGUGUGUCUGGCCCAGUAAUCAGUAUUACGCCUAAAAGGCGCCUAGAUGUGAUUCAAGAUGCAAUAUUAUUUCAGUGUGGUCUCAAUGAAUAAAACCGUGUGCGUU